UUCUCUGUGAUCCAUCCAUUAUUAGUUAAUAUCAUCACUUGUAUUCUAUGUUCUUACGUUUUCUCUCUAUCUAUCUCCCUUUUUGGCUCCUCUUCAUGUUACUGCUGCUGAAGAAGAUUUGAUUGAUUUCUUCCCAUUUUGCAGCACAGAAUAGUAAAACAGAAUGAAGAUUCAGUGUGAUGUUUGUGAGAAGGCUCAAGCAACUGUGAUUUGUUGUGCAGAUGAGGCAGCUUUGUGUGCCAAAUGUGAUGUUGAGGUUCAUGCUGCCAAUAAGCUUGCUAGAAAGCACCAGAGGCUUCUCCUUCAAUGCCUCUCUAACAAGCUUCCCAGAUGUGACAUAUGCCAAGACAAGCCAGCUUUCAUAUUCUGUGUUGAAGACAGAGCACUCUUCUGUCAGGACUGCGACGAACCGAUUCACUCGGCCGGAAGCCUCUCGGCGAACCACCAGAGAUUCCUUGCUACCGGCAUCCAAGUGGCCUUGAGUUCUUCUUCUAAUUGCAACAAAGGCAAUGAAAAGAGUCACUUGGAGCCACCUAAUAGGAACAAUGCACAACAAGUUUCUAUGGAAGUUCCUCCUCAGCAAGUUCCUAACUUCUCAUCUUCUUCUUGGGGUGUUGAUGACUUAUUGGAACUAUCAGCCUUUGAAUCACCUGAAAAAGGUGUGGUUCAGAAGGAAUCUAUGCAGUUUGGAGAAUUAGAAUGGAUUGAAGAUGUUGGUCUUUUUGGUGAACAAUUUCCACAUGAAGCAUUGGCUGCUGCUGAAGUUCCUCAGCUUACUAGCAACAAUGCUGCUUCAUUCAGAACAACCUCUAAGUCCUACAUGUCUCACAAGAAACCUAGAAUUGAAGAUGAUGAUGAUGAGUUCUUCACAGUGCCAGAUCUUGGUUGAAUAAUUUGAUAAUGAAACAGCCUCCAAAUGGAUGCUGUUGCAUGAAUAUGUAGGUUGAUGAAUUGUAUAUUCAAAUUCAACUAUUCAUAUACUUCUCUAAGGACAAUAAUAUUAGUAUAAGAUUUAAAGGUAUGUUCACUACCUAUGUGUACCAUACUCAAGAUUUAGACAUGUUAAUUCAUAAUCAGUUUUCCAUGUA